UGUUUAUCCGUUUGAAAACACGUUUUCAACAGCGCCAUGAGGACUUUAUUUAUCAGAAAUCGUUCGUACAUAUUUUGAGGAAUAUGAUUUUAAACACUGCUUUCAUUUGUCUAUGCAUUCUGACCACAAAUGUUUCAGGUGUGUUUGGUGAUACGGAUGAAGUGAAGUCAGUGUCAGUGAUUGAGGGAGAUUCUGUCUCUUUAAACACUGAUGUUCAAGUACAGAUAGGAGAUCUGAUACUGUGGACGUUUGGACCUCAAAACACAAAAAUGGCUGAAAUCAUUAGAAGAGAGCAAAUGAACUAUAUAUUUGUCAGUAAUGAUGGAAUAUUCAGAGACAGACUCCAGAUGGACAAUCAAACUGGAUCUCUGAUCAUCAGAAACAUCAGAUCUGAACACACUGGACUUUAUGAACUGACCGUCAUCAGCAGCAGAAAAACACUGAAGAGAUUCAAUGUUACUGUCUAUGCUCCUCUACCCAUUCUUGACAUUUCCAGUCACUCUUUUAACUGUUCAUCAUCAUCAUCCUCAUCAAGAUCAUCAGAGUCCAGAUGUUCACUGGUGUGUUCAGUGUUGAAUGUGAGUGAUGUGACUCUCUCCUGGUAUAAAGGAAUGAGUGUAUUGUCCAGCAUCAGUGCGUCUGAUCUCAGCAUCAGUCUCUCUCUACCUCUGGAUGUGGAAUAUCAGGAUAAAAACACUUACAGCUGUGUGAUCAACAAUCCUGUCAGAAACCAGACCACACUUCUGGACAUCACUCAACUCUGUCAACCAUGUGCAGAACAGAGUCAACGUUCAUAUUUUAUAUCAGUGGUAGUUGGUGUAUUGGUAUUUCUGGCCAUAAUUGCAGUUUCUGUAGUGAUUGUGUUCUGGCACAUCAAGAACCGUAAACCAUCAUCAACACUAAGUGUUGAAACUGAAGAAAUACAAUAUGCUACAACAACAUUCUGUGCUCGUCAUUUACAGAUUACGGUAAGAUACGGUGUUGCUGUGUGCGCUGUUGUGUUUCGCUGCCUCUCUGUAAAGCUCCGCUCCAGUGCAUUAAUGGAUCAUUCACAAAUGAAAUCUCAGUGCCUGUCUGUGCUUGCUUGUUUCUUAUCAUAGCCUAAGCAAAUAUGUGCUUUGGAUUUAAUGCUAGUGAUUCAUUUAAAGACUUAACCUGAAUCAGGACACACCCCUUUCUGCUUAACUGGGUUUGGUUAUUUCAGUUACACCUACUGUAUUACAGGUGUGCAAAUCUUCACAAAUCUAACUGAAAAGAUAUAGAUUAGAAAGACAAAUUGUUCAAAAGCAACAGACUGAAAAGAUGGCAGUUUGUCAGUUAAGAAACCUGUUUUUCUUGUGAUUAACGAAUCAGACAGAAAAAAAGCCAAAAAUAUCUGAAUAUUUGAAUAAUCAUGAUGAAGUGUGUCUAUAGGUUUUUGCAUUGUUGUAAAUUUCCCUGGAAGUUACUGUGAUGUUACAUCAAACACCUGCUGCUCGCACUUGCCAAACAAAGAGAGAUGGGUGCUACUGGACAAACACACAGAACAGUUUCCUUCACUGUUUAUAUUUACCAGCAGAUAGAUGUUUAGUGAACAUCUGAAAGGACACAAUGAUUGUAAACACUGUUAUCUAACAGAAAUCUAAUAUUAUCAAGCUUACCGUUAACUGAUAUUGAAAUUACUCCCUUGGAUUGAACACAAAGAGGAAGACUUUAUUGCUGUUGUCUUUUGCUGCUUUACUGUAUCAUGUCUAAAAUCUUGUGAUUUGUGAGUUUCUUUGAAUGUUCGUAGUGUGCAUACACUUGCAUGAUCACAUAUCUGUGUGUGCAGAUCAUGUCAUGUAUGUUGUAGAUUGACUAGAUCUAUGAAAACUUGGUUCUUUUUCAUAGACUUCUCAAUUGUAAGAUGUUCUGCUGCCAUUUUUUCUUUUGACAUUUGUCAGUUUUGAUGACAAAAUAAACCAUCUCAUUCGGGGAUUUUGAUUCUGAUUUUAUAGGAAACACAAUUGUUAGGCACAAUGUCUCUUUCAGAGCUUCCUCUUUAGUAUAAAAUGACAAUUCAUUGACUCUGAGCCACAAAAACAGCCAUGUUCUGAACUUCUGCAUUUGUGUCACGCAAAAGAACGCAUUAAAGUAGAUUUACAGACUGAUCAAAAGUUGCUCUGGGUGAGAUUUACAGGAAUGGAGUAACAUCUUUGUUUUAUAGAGCGAAUGUCACUGUUCUUGAAAGAGAAAUUACAGGCAAAAUUACAGUUUGGGUGCAGAACAUCUUACUUCUAACUUUAUUAAUCGUGAUAGACCAAUGUUUUAAUGGAUUUCUUGUCAUUUGUUAUUCUAUUCUCUGAAUUAUUAACCUCUUUUUCCAGGUUUGCAUC